AUGAAUAUAGACGUAGAACGUGUUACUAAUGAUAAGAUGCUUUCUCAAUAUAUAAAGGAUGUGAGGUCCGCUGAUAAUACUCAGAAUAUAUCUGGUGGCAUAGAAAAGCUGAAUUAUUCUUAUGAUGACCUCUCUGUUGCAGACGAUGUAAAACUAAUCCUGGAGCUCAAGACAGAACAUCAUGACUUCUUAAUGAAAAGACAUGGGUCUGUACAAUUGGAGCCUCUUCCAUCACUCGAUCUUGCAGAUCCACUAAAUUGGUCUGAUUGGAGAAAAGUUUAUGAAUUGAUAUUGAUAUCAUUUCAUUGCUUUAUUGUUACAUUUAUGGCAGCCGGUAUUGCUCCUGCCUAUGAAGCCAUGUCAAUUCAGUAUGAAAAGACAUGA